AUGGACGCAGCUUAUGUGAAAUUUAUGAUGUGCCAGUGCCUUAUAAACCGGGCGGAUUGGGGCUUAGCCAUUGGCUGCAUGAACAUCGUGUACUCCUUUUUCCUGUUCCAAUUUUGGGCGGUGGAGCUCUUCAGAUCCUUCGACAAUUAUCCAAUCAAGUGGGUUUUGUUGUACGGCUUCAACAUGAUGUUCAAUGUGAUCGCCAUGAUGAGGAUAGUGAAAAGGGAAAGUAUCUCGGUCUUCUACUGGAUGUGCGAAACAGGUGCCCUUUUAAUAUUCCGAGUGCAUCACAUUUAUUACAAUGUAGAUGAGUUUUGGCUGGCCCAAAGGGAGUUGUACCGUGUGUCCAACAUUAUAAUCGAUGUUUACAUUGGACUGUCUAUGCUGGCUAUGAUUUAUGUAAUGUGCGGCCUGCGUUUGAAGCUGGAGGGCCAGUUUCCCGAGGAGGCAAUGCCUAAUGAUUGCAAAUUCGCUCCAGAGUUAGCCAAAAAAGCUGCUCAGAAGAAUGCGGACGAGUUGUCAGCAAGGGAGGAGCAGCAGUUGGCCCAACGGGAAAAACUGGAAAGCGAUCGUGAAAUGGUGGAAUUGAAUCCUAUUGAAGCCACUUUAAAACUUGCUCAUAUGGAGGAGGAGGCAUGCCUGUCCAGCCAGGAGGUAACACCCACAGCACCCGAAGAGGAAAGUUUCCCUUCCAGCAUUUUCCUUAUGCAAGACUUUCCCGAACCUUCAGCUCCGCCAGAAAGCAGACUUUCCAUCGAGCCGGAUUUCUGGUACGAGAUCAAUGAUAUAGUUGCCUCCGGCGAUCAACAGAAUGAUUAA